AUGAAAGCACUACUGGACGAGUUUGUGGCCCAUAUGAAGUACACAAUAGACGAUGAACUCCUCGAUGCAUUCGGGACCAACUGUGAGAAUGCGGGUUGGGACUAUGAGGACAACAGUAACAUCCUAUACAAGGGCUUCUCCACGGGGGAUGUUAUGAAAUGUAAACUGAUGUCAGCAGCAUUGGUCUUCAUGAAUACGGUGAGAAUUGGCAAGAAUGCACACAGCGACAGGAGUCCGAAUGAUCAGGAUAUGAGGGAAAUUUUAGGGUGUGUAGUGGUAAAUAUGUAUAUGAACAUAUUGAGAAAUGCCAAAUGCGGGCAUAAGUGGAAAGGAAUACAUUAUGCGUGGAAGGUGGCCAAAAAAAUGGGAAAUGACGAAGGAGGUGCAGCAUUCAGAAGUGCAAUUACACACGGAACGUGUUCUAGGGAUGGAUGGCGCUACCUGAACAUAGGAAAAAAGGACAUUCGGAGCGCUGUGGAUGCAUGGUUAAGGAAUAAUGAACACAUAAUGGCGGAAAUACAGAAAGCUGAGGCAAGCGCAGAAU